UCUGCCGAGGCAGGACGAGCUCACUUUCAUGGCUCUCUGACAGUUUGGCCGGUCGACGCGAUUCCGUUCGUCGGGACAAGUCGCAUCGACGAACCAGUGUGCAGUGCGAACAGCCGAAUCGAACACGCGUUUGGUGACCAAACUAUUUCGUUUUUUGGCAGCGACAAUUUUGCAGGAGCAUUUGAUCGAACAUUUUUUCGAAGCUGUGAAUGUACUUGUAAUAUUGUUCGGUGGUUACGAGAAUUGUCGUCAGGCUAAAAAUGUGCAGUGCCCUAUUAGAAGAGAAUUAGGAGAGACUGGGAUUCGAAAAGGAGCGGGUACAUAGAUUGGUGAGCGUAUCUGCGGGAGGCCUGAAGAAAGAAGUUGGUGCACCUGCCGCAGUGGUUCUCGUGGCGCCACUCACGUGUUGCAUGCGUGCCGUGCUAUCCAUCAUGGUCGCGGACUCGGAACGGCUCUGAUUGGUCGGCGCCGCGGUCACGUGGUAUGGUAAUUGGGCUUCGGUGGGCGGGAAGGAGUGAACGAGGUCGCGAAGCUUCGUGGAAGAUCGCAAAAGUGGCGGAAGGAGAGGAGAGGAUAAGCAGCUGUCCACCGGGAGUCUGCUACUCUCCGUGGUCUUGCUCUUUUCGCUCGUUUUCUCUCCCCCUGUCUUUCUCCCUUUUCCGCCUUCUGCGUACCCUCGACGUACCCUUUCCCCUCCUGACGAAAAACUCACCCUGUUCCGGCGAACAGAGAAGGAUGUCGGCCACGGGCCACAGUGCAGUGCAGUGUAUACGGCUCCGACAAUGAAUAUUAACAUGGAACUAUGAGACUCUAUGAACUAAUUCGGGAACAGCGUUAGAGAGACGAACUGCUCUAUAAAGGAACAGUGACUGUUAUCAGUUUGGAGUACGUGUUACUUUAAUUUAUAUCGUAACUGGGAACAGUGUUGAAAAGCAAAGGAUCGUCGCGAAAAUGAGUUCGUUCCUGAUGAAUCCAUCCGCCGGCGGUGGAUAUCAUCAUCAUCAACAUCAACAAGCGGCGGGCAGUCACCAUUUGGCCGCGACCUCGGUGAUGGUGGAUCCUAAGUUUCCUCCUAGCGAAGAAUACAGCCAAAGCAAUUACAUACCGUCCACCGGGACGGAUUUCUUUCCCGGCAGCGGGGGCGGUCAUCACCUGAAUCAUCCUCAGUCUCAUCAACUGCAGUAUGGCUACCACCAGCAUCAUCACCAGGCUGCGUCUACCCCGUACGGUGCGUCGUCCGCGGUUCAGUUGAAUGGCGGCUAUGCCGGUUACGGUGGCUACUAUGGACCUCAUCAUCCUCAUCACCAAGUGCACGCCGUGCACCAUGCCAGUUUGCAUCCUCAUCAUCAUGCGGUGGGUGCGUUGGCUAUGCCCCCGGAGGCACAGCAACCGCCUCUCACGUGUCCAUCCUCGAUGCAGAGUCAGCAACAACCGCAACAACAGCAGCAACCACCUGUGACAGCGUCCACUGUCCUCGGUUCGACUCCGCUGUCACCUGGCAUUAUGCAGAAUCACGUGCAGCCGCCGGACAAUCUUCAGCAUCAUCAGCAGCCGAGUCAGCAGCCGCCGCACGAUAGCAACGCGUGCAGUCCAACGAACACGGGCCAAAUGCAUCGCGACAACUCGCCGGAUCUUCAACAGCAACCGACGACCACUCAGCAGUCGCAGCAUAUACAGAACACGCAACAACAACAGCAACAGCAGCAGCAAAGUCAGCAGCAGUCACAGCAACAGCAUCACGUGGACGACGGAUCCGAUCAGGAUGACAUGGAGGACGAUCAGAUGAUGGACGGAUCCCCUGGUAUGAUGGAGGAUGAGGAAGAAGACGAGGAAAAUGGAGACCGUGUGAUUUAUCCGUGGAUGAAGAAGAUUCACGUUGCCGGUGUCGCGAACGGCUCCUACCAGCCGGGGAUGGAGCCGAAGCGACAGAGGACCGCAUACACGAGGCAUCAGAUCCUCGAACUGGAGAAGGAGUUCCAUUACAAUAGGUACCUGACGAGACGGCGACGGAUCGAGAUCGCCCAUACCCUGGUGUUGUCCGAGCGGCAGAUAAAGAUCUGGUUCCAGAACCGUCGGAUGAAGUGGAAGAAGGACAACAAGCUGCCCAACACGAAGAACGUGCGUCGGAAGAACGCGAAUGGACAAGCGGCACCCGCGGCGAAACCAUCGAAGGCACAAGGGACCAGAAGCAAGCUGACCACCGGCAACAACAACAGCCAGAGGAAGAACAACAACAAUUCGCCGUCGAGCGGCAUCGAGAGCAGCCUCGAUUCGAGCGUAGGUUUGGACAUGGCCGACGUGCAUGUGGUGAACUCGGCUCUUCCGCAUACGAACGUGGUCCACCCGAGUUUCCAAGGUCACCCGCAUCCCUUGGCCCAUCUUCAGGCGCAGCUGAGUCAUCACCAUGUGAGCGGCAUAAUGGACGGUCCGACGGGAGGGCCGUUGGGACACAUAGGCUCCGGAAGUAUCAGUCCUCUCGCCCCUGCGACCAGUCCCACUGGACUGUCACAGGUCUCCGCACCCAUUCCGCCACCACCGAUAAAGUCUGAUUACGGCCUGACGGCACUGUAACAUCCGUCCUGGCAACCUCACUCUAUCAGUCGACCGUGGAAUUCACGAGCUGAUCAAGGAUACGUAACGGGGGGCUGCAGAGACGCGAGUUUCGCUUCCGCUGACCUGAACGUUAUUGCCUACUGACGAACAGAGUCGAUGCUGUUUCGUGAUAUCGAAGUUCGAGGCUAUACGAAACGUAUGGAAAUAGAGACUUAAACGGGGAGAACUCUGGCACGAUGCGUCAGCUUUAGAUCCAAUGGGAUUGAACCAUUACUUGAUGAAUGGUACGCCGGUCCAAAAGCGUGCUAGCCGGAAGUAGCAAUUCUAUCUUCUCCGUUACGUGCUACUGGAUGGUUAUGUUACUGGCGCUGAAACUUUACAACCGAUUCAUACUUCAAGGAACACCAUCUCUGGAACUUGAUUGUAAUAGUCCUCACCGUAAUGGUGACCUGAGUGGGUAAAGGAUAAGACGAGGAUGAAGUUUCACGCCAUCCUCUGAUUCUUCUUUCAAGUACAGUCGAGUCAUCGCGAUGACCUGGUGAAACAAAUGAUGUCUGACAGUACUGGUUACCUGUUUCUCGUGAUGCUGAUACUUUCUUGGUAGCAUCCGAGUCGUUGAAGCAACGAGGACCUACUUAAGGUGAAGAGUGGAGGGUGACGCGAUGAGGAGGAUGAUUCUAUAGCGUCAUCAAGUGAGAAUAAGCCUGUUUAAAGCUGAAAGACAUGGCCAGUAAUUGCUAUAGAUGAAAAAACAUAUGGAAUAGUGUGGAAAGGAGUGAAUUACUGCUCGUUACUUUGUGAACAGCGCUGAUAGUGAGAGAAGAACUGUCGUUCCAUGAAACACUGCUGACUGGUACGUUGCAAUCUAAAAUUUCUUGCCUCAAACUUUUCCAAAUCUUGCCUACCUACAUAUUUCCAUAGUGUUCGCCAAUCAUAACCGAUCAUUCUUUUAACGACGAAAUAACUGAAAUAUUUUAUUUACACGCGAUCAGGCUUCAGAGCAGUCGAAAGUAGAACAAUCCCUGAAAUUUUAGUGUUCCAAGUGUAACCACGACCUUUCGUUCGUCGAAAGCUGUGAUCCGAUAAGUAAUCAGCACCUGUAAUCGAAACGUUUCCCAGUCUGAAACGGAGUCGUGAAACAAAGAAAUAUUUCACGACACGUUAAACUGUAUAUAUAGCUGUAUACCCGCGUAUGUAUAUAGUCGUGUAAAGAAAGUCUUAUUUGCUAUGUGAUUAAAGUGCGUCGUAUUUCGUAUGUUAUCACGUAAGUGUGCGGUCCUAGAGUCGUUAAGUAUUCGAUAAAGACUAUCGCGAACCAGUUCAUCGGUAGGCGUUCCCGAAAUUCUCGUAAGCAACAGCGAGUUAUUCGAUUCGUUGUUCCUUCGUAAUAGAAAAUAUUCGUUGUAAAAGAAAUGUACAGUGAUGUUUGCGUUCCGUCGCGAACAAUUUCGCGAGGAAACGCAGGGAAAAGGACAAUGGGGGGAACCAUAAUGGCGAACGUUUUGCAGUAGCUUCGAUAAAUAUUCAAUCGUGUUUUCAAAGUAAUAGAAAAUUCUCAGAAUUCGUUUAAAAAUUCGGAAUUUUCGAUUUAAGAUUGUAGAUUCAUUGUCUCAGACGAAGUGGAAGCUUUCUACUUUGGUCAGACAUGGCGCAAGGAGGUCCUUUUCAGUUUCUCGAAAAUUUUGCAAAAAUUUGACUUUCGAUUGAGAAAAAGGAGUGUAGAAAUGCAUCGCGUUCGCUGGUGUCACGUGUACGUUGUAAAUAAUACUGCGAGAUGUUGUCUAUUUUUCUCGAGAAAGUAUAAACGAACGACCAAUAACGAGUUAGAUGUAAAGGGUAGUACGCCUGGAUACCGGAAGUUGUACUAUAAAGACGAGUAGCCAAUCAAACGAUUAAAUGCACAGAGUCGCUGUGACGAUAUACCAAAACAAUGUUUUAUCAGAUUAAAUAUAGGAUUGUAGAGGUAUGUAAGAAACCUUAAACGAGACGUUCAAUUACGAAAUAGAUGGAGACAAAAGUGAAGGUGAAAAAUUGCGAUCUAGUGUAAUUAGUGGAUUUAAGUAAGAAAGUGCACGAGUUACGAGAACAUUCUAUUAAGUGUGACAUUAUAUUCCUUGAUAUUCUUUAUCGAUAAUGUAUAUAACAUGUACGAUAAGAACGUAUUUGGGCACAUUACGAUGCUUAUGUUUAUAUUGAUCGUAGAGAUCGAUCAAAUACAAUC